CACUGAUUGGCAGCACUGAUAGGUGGCACUGAUUGGCAUCGAUAGGUGGCACUGACUGGUACUGAUGGGUGACAUUGAAAGGCAGCUUAGAUGGGCACUGAUAUGUGGCAUUGAUGUGGCACUGAUGGGGACUCGCACUUGGCACUGAUGAGCACUGACUGCUGGCAUUGAUGAACACUGACAGGUGGCACUUCUGGGGCCACACUGAUCAUCAGGGCACACUGGUCAUCAGUGCCCUGAUGAUCACUGUCAGCGUGACAGCUCGAGAGGAGAGAAAUGCCGAUAACCGGCAUUUCCGUGUUUACAUGUGAUCAGCUGUGAUUGG